GGGAUGUUCUCUUUUCACACAAGCUGGAAAGAGAGAAAGGAUACCUACAUGUACAAACCUCUGCCACUACAAUGUACCAGAUCAGCCACUUUGCCACAUGUGCUUGUCUCAGUGACAAAACCAAGUACCCAUCCUUCCUCAGAACAAUACCCAGUGACUACUACCAGAGCAGAGCCCUGGCACAUUUGGUCAAGUAUUUUGGAUGGACUUGGGUUGGAGCUAUCAGAACCAACAGUGAUUAUGGAAAUAAUGGCAUGGCCACAUUCACUGAAACUGCACAGCAGCUGGGCAUCUGUCUGGAGUAUUCUGUGUCUUUCUUUAGAACAGAUCCAUAUGCCAAAAUACAAAGGAUAAUUGACAUUAUAAAGGCUUCAACCUCCAGGGUGAUUGUUGCAUUCCUUGCCCGUGCGGAUUUGAAUGUCCUGCUACCUGAGUUUUCAUACCAUAACUUGUCUGGAUAUCAGUGGGUAGGCAGUGAGUCUUGGAUAUUUGAUUCACAAACAGCAGAAAUGGAUAUACAUCACAUACUGAAUGGUUCCAUUGGUCUUUCCAUUCCUAAAGCACAUGUCACUGGCCUGAGAGAGUUCAUACUGAAUAAGAAGCCAUUGAAAUCAUCAAAUAAUGAACUGUUCACUCAGUUCUGGGAGACACUAUUUAAUUGUAAGUUCAAGGAGUUGAAGUCAUCAUCAGACAUUCAGAGAGAGUGUACUGGACGUGAAGAUGUGACUGGAGUUCAAAAUAACUUCAUUGACAUGUCUCUCAUGCCUAUCUUUAACAAUGUCUACAAAGGAGUGUAUGCAGUGGCCCAUGCACUUCACAAUAUACUCAGCUGUAAUAAAACAUGUAACAGAAAUGUGCAGCUAGAUCCAUUCAUGGUUCUGCAACACAUACGGAAGAUCCAUUUCACAACUAAGGAUGGAGAUGAGGUUCACUUUAAUGAGAAUGGAGAUCCAGCAGCAAAGUAUGAAAUUAUAAACUGGCAGCCAAGAGAAAAUGGUACUGUGGAGUUUGUCACAGUUGGCCUUUAUGAUACAUCAUUAACUACAGACAAACAGCUAAAUCUGCAAAACAAAUCAUUAAUUUGGGCAAGAAACUCAAAGCAGGUGCCUGUGUCAGUUUGCAGUGAGAAAUGUCCCCCAGGAACACGCAAGGUUCUCCAGAAAGGAAGGCCUGUUUGCUGCUAUGACUGCAUAACAUGUGCAGAGGGAGAGAUCAGCAACAUUACAGGUGCAAUGAUAUUUCAUUUCAACUUUGGUGCAUUGCAAAGCAAAGUUAAGUACAUAGGAAGGCCAUACAGUAACUAUGUAAUAAGUUCGAUGUCUGUUUUUGUGCAGACAUAA